AACAUUCCACAUCUCUCUCUCUUCAGCGAUCUUGAGGAGUUCAAUCAAAUCUGUAAAAUAAACAUCCUGAUUAGAAUACACCAUAUAUAUAAGAUGGGUUUGGUUUUUGGUUUUAUAAUGGGGACUCUAAUUGGCAUUGCAUUGAUUGCUGGUUGGUGUCAUUUCAUGCAGUAUCGAAGCUCCAAACGUAUUUCUAAGGCAGUUGACAUUAAGCUUUUGAGUUCUCUUGGUAGAGAAGAUUUAAGAAAAAUCUGUGGUGAUACUUUUCCUGCAUGGAUAUCCUUUCCCGCAUUUGACCAGGUGAAAUGGAUGAACAAGCUACUGGGAAAAAUAUGGCCCUAUGUUGCGGAAGCAGCAACACUGGUCAUAAGAGAAUCAGUUGAACCACUAUUGGAAGAGUAUCGACCUCCUGGAAUAACUUCACUGAAAUUUAGCAAACUUACUCUUGGAAAUGUCGCACCCAAGAUUGAAGGCAUUCGUGUUCAAAGCCUUAAAAAAGGUCAAAUCACUAUGGACAUUGACUUCCGCUGGGGUGGUGAUCCAAAUAUCAUUCUCGCUGUGGAAGCUGCACUUGUUGCUUCAAUACCCAUUCAAUUUAAGGAUCUUCAAAUCUUCACUGUAAUUCGAGUUAUUUUUCAACUAUCUGAAGAGAUUCCCUGCAUUUCUGCUUUUGUUGUCGCUUUACUUGCUGAGCCGAAACCUAGAAUUGAUUAUACGUUAAAAGCCGUGGGAGGAAGCUUAACAGCACUGCCUGGAAUUUCUGAUAUGAUCGACGAUACUGUCAACUCAAUCAUCACAGAUAUGCUGCAGUGGCCCCAUAGGAUUGUUGUCCCACUAGGUGGAGUAGAUGUAGAUGUAAGUGAGUUAGAGCUUAAACCGCAAGGAAAGCUUUCGGUGACUGUAAUCAAGGCAAAUGACUUGAAGAAUGCAGAAAUGAUUGGAAAAUCAGAUCCUUAUGCUGCUAUAUUUAUUCGGCCUAUUUUCAGAUAUAAAACAAAGACAAUUGACAACAACCUCAAUCCUGUCUGGAAUCAAGCAUUUGAACUCAUCGCCGAAGACAAGGAAACACAAUCACUUAUUAUUGAGGUUUUUGAUGAGGAUGUGGGACAAGAUCAACGACUGGGUAUAGCGAAAUUACCUCUAGUUGAUCUAGAACCUGAAACUUCUAAAGAGAUUUCUGUCAGACUAUUGCCAGCACUUGACAUGUUGAAGAUCAAAGAUAAAAAAGAUAGAGGAACUAUAACGCUCAAGAUUUUUUAUCAUGAAUUCAACAAGGAGGAACAGUUGGCUGCACUAGAAGAAGAGAAAAAAACAUUAGAAGAUAGGAAAAAACUGAAAGAUCAAGGAAUAAUGGGGAGUACAAUGGACGCAAUAGAUGGAACAGCGUCACUGGUCGGAUCAGGAAUUGGAAUGGUGGGAAGCGGAGUUGGAGCUGGAGUUGGGAUGGUAGGAAGUGGAGUUGGAGCUGGAGUUGGGAUGGUAGGAAGUGGAAUCGGUGCAGGAGCUGGAUUAGUCGGGAGUGGGAUUGGAGCCGGAGCUGGUGCAGUUGGAAGCGGGAUUGGAGCUGGUGCUGGAUUCGUUGCAAGUGGAAUUGGCGCUGUUGGUAGUGGAUUUAGCAAAGCAGGGAAGUUUGUAGGAAAAAGUAUAAUACCUGGACAAUCAAGUGCUUCCAAGAGGGUUACUGGAAGUAAUAUUCAGCAAGUUCCUUCUACUACUACUACACCAGAACAAGAAGGUCCAAAGCAAGCUUAAUAAUAUUUGUUAUUCAACCAGUAUACACUAUCCAAGAACGAUGUCUUUGGCAACUUCCAUGUGAGGAAGUGAUUUUUCUUGACAACAGUAAUCCUCUUCAAUAAUUUUGAUGUUCUUUUUAGAAUAGAAGUAAGAUCAUUGUGAGUUGCAUGUUUA